AUGAUUCCAACCAGUGCUAAUGCCAAUCCCUCUACGCCUCCGUCGAGCCUCCAACGACGACGCUAUGACUGCCAUACCUCUCCUAUCGUUGACCGAUACCUUGGUCGGGUUAGUAGUAGCGGAAGCCGCCUCCCCUCCACCUCGCCCCGUCACCACCCUACACGCGGAAAAAGCCAAACGCAAAGGCUAAAAAAUUCAUUUCCGGACGACGUCUUCAUCGAAGGUUGUUCGACGAGCCCGCUUUCAAGCUCUUCCCUUUCCCCUUUCACUUCGCAUAUUCCUUGGUCUUCGGCUUCACCAACAAAUUCGGCUUCCACAUUCCCUUCCGCUUCCUCUUCGACUUCUUCUUCCCCUUCCCGUGGUCGCCUAAGCGCCGCCGAAGUAGAACGCAGAUUUCUGCGUGAUUCGCUCGCUCGCAACGAUCAACUACCUGCGACACCCCAGAAGAGUCUAAAGGCCUCCAAGUCCGAGAGGGCGCAACGGGUGCUUGAACCGCAAGCUGGGUUCGAUUCUUUGUUUGGAGCUAGAGGUAGAACGAUUUAUGGGACGUUUGGAGGGGAUGGGGGUCUGGGUCAUGGUGGAUCGAUAGCAUCGUCAUCAACAGCAUCGUCAUGCUCAUCACCAUCAUCGAGUUUACCUCUACCAUCGACACCUCCACGGCGUAGUAGUAAUACGAAUCGUCGGUGGAAUCCUUAUCCCACUCCGACAUCAACGUCGAAAAGGCACAGGGCGGAGGCUAGUCCGGAAAGGAGUGCCUGUGUGACGCCGCCACCGUUGCAAUAUGCGGAUACUUUCAAGGAGGAGGGAGUCACGUCGCCUGGAUUGCCUGCCUCACCUGGAGGAUCCUCGGACUCGUCGAGCGAUGAGGAAGAGGAACCGACUCCAAUCGUGACGAAAGAGCCAGAAGUGAAAGUUGUGGACGAGACGGAGUGUCCCCCGGGAUGCGUGUGCACGGGGUGCACGUUGGUUGGGGAGCUUUUCUCAUCUUUUAUUGACGUGACGCAGUGUGACGAGGAGUGGUGGAAGGUUUAG